AUGUCCGGAAGACCUCAAGACGAUAGAAACCAGGAGGCUACUGUAUAUCUGGGUAAUCUCGAUGAACGGUGCACGGACGCACUCAUUUGGGAGUUAAUGCUACAAGCAGGACCUGUUGUAAACGUGCACCUUCCAAAGGAUCGCAUCUCAAUGGCUCACCAGGGGUACGGUUUCUGUGAGUUCCUGACAGAGGAGGAUGCAGAGUACGCAUGCAAAAUCAUGAACCAGAUCAAAUUAUGGGGUAAGCCCAUCAGGGUGAACAAAGCAUCAUCCGACAAAAAACAACUCGAUGUAGGAGCAAACCUCUUCAUCGGCAACCUGGACGAGAACGUGGACGAGCGACUGCUAUACGAUACUUUCAGCGCGUUUGGUAUGAUGGCCACAACUGCAAAGAUUGCACGAGACCCUGGUACGGGGGUUUCAAAGGGUUAUGGCUUCGUCUCAUACACGGACUUCGAGUCCUCCGACGCUGCAACAGAAUCCAUGAACGGCCAGUUCCUCAUGAACAAAGCCAUCACUGUGCAGUAUGCGUUCAAGAAAGAUGGAAAAGGCGAGCGCCAUGGUACCUCAGCAGAACGUCUACUCGCCGCACAAGCACGGAAGAACAAUGCACUUCCCAUCACCUCCCGUCCUCCUCCUGCACAGAUGGCUUUUGGUGCUCGUCCUCCUAUGCCGGGGUUCCAGGGUCCUUAUCAAGGGCAGUUCGCGGGUGUGCUUGCUCAGCCGCCACCUCCACCUGGUUUCAACCCGCCGCAGACUGUUGUUCCACAAGGAAUCCCCGUGAUGGGAGGAAUGCCACCUGUAGGGAUGGGAAUACCGCCGCCACCGCCCAACAUGUUUCCUCCUGGAGCGUUCCCGCCUCCGCCACCACCUGGUUUCGCCGUGCAUCAGUGA